CUGCUCUGCCUGAAAUGCCUCACAUCUGAAGGGAAUACUUGGGCUCGUUUAGAUUAGUUCUCCAGAGCUUCUAAUAAUUUAUUUUUGUUCAACAUAAGCUUUAAAAAUGCCUUCCACCCUGAGGGCAGCGUUCCACAUCUCAGCGUUCGGCUGGUACACUUUCAUUGUGAAUUAUCUGGCAGCAAAGGAUGGAGAGGAGCUUCCUGCAGGGAUCUUCGUCUAUGGAGGACCGUGGAAGUACCUCACCUUUCUGAACCUGUUAUUGCAAAUGACGUUCUUCGGCCUGGCAGCAGUGAACGAUCUCCAACCAGGGGAGAAGGCGGAGAGGGCGCUGAGCAGAUGGAAAGACCUCCUGUUCUCCGUCUUUGCCUUCCCUGUAGGGACGUUUGUGGUUGUGCUCUUCUGGACGAUCUUCGCCUAUGACAGAGAGUUAGUCUAUCCGGCAAGCAUCGAUGCCUUCUUCCCUCCCUGGAUCAACCACGCCAUGCACACGUUGGUCCUUCCUGUUUUGCUCGGGGAAGUGCUGGUGCAGCCUCACACGUACCCGCAGAUGAGCCACGCACUGGCAGCGCUGGCAGCCGUGGGUGUGGCUUAUUUAUCCUGGAUCGUGUGGGUUUAUCUGACGGUGGGAGUUUGGGUGUAUCCCCUCCUCGGACACUUCAGCACCGCUGGCCUGCUGGGCUUCUUCUUCUUCAACAUGGCGGUGGUGACCCUGCUCUACCUGCUCGGCGACCGGCUCAACAGUCAGAUCUGGAGUGAGACGUGUGACUUGUAUUCAUGGCGUUCAGCCUCUUUGUGUCGGGUUCUCCUUUACAUCGCUCCUCUUUUGUUUUCUUCAUUCCAGGAAAGGACAAGGCGCAGUGAAUAAGCAUUUCUGAGACAGCUCUACCCAUUUUAACUACUAUUAUUGUUUCCAGCUCAAAACAAAAAUACGUAAAUAUUGCAUGACAGGCAUCCAAGCCGCAUAAUAAACCAGCUUCCACACGCUACA